GAGAGAGAGAGAGAGAGAGAAUCAAUAUCAUUCAUGGAAGUAGGGAGAGUGCUUCACAUGAAUGGAGGGGUAGGAGAAGCCAGUUAUGCUAAUAACUCAUUAGUUCAGGAAAAGGUGAUAUCUAUGACAAAGCCGAUAACAGAAGCGGCAAUAACUGAACUGAUGAUGUGCAGCAGCAUGGCCUGGCGGCCGGGCAAGAUCUUGUGUAUGGCAGAGUUGGGGUGUUCCUCUGGCCCAAACACUUUGAUUGUGGCGAUGGAGUUUGUGAAAAUCGUCAGCCAAUUAUGCCGAAAACACGGGCAUGAUCAGUUGCCGGAAUUCCAGAUACAGUUGAAUGACCUUCCAGGAAACGAUUUCAACUCCAUUUUCAAAUCCUUUGCCCCCAGUUUCCAUGCACAACUGUUACAGGAAUUGGGAUCAUCUGCACCAUAUUGUUUCUUAUCCGGGGUUCCUGGCUCCUUCUAUGGCAGGCUUUUUGCUGCAAAAUCUCUGCAUUUUGUUCAUUCUUCUUACAGCCUCAUGUGGCUCUCCAAGGUCCCUGAAGGGGUGGAAAUGAACAAAGAAAAUAUAUACAUAGCAAGCACAAGCCCAGCAAGUGUGAUUAAUGCAUAUUAUGAGCAAUUUCAAAGAGAUUUCUCCACUUUUCUGAGAUGUCGUUCGGAGGAAGUAAUGGGCGGUGGGAAAAUGGUGUUAACUCUUUUGGGGAGGAAAAGUGAGAGUGCUUGUAGCAAGGAGUGCUGCUAUAUUUGGGAGCUCUUGGCCCUCUCACUCAAGCACCUGCUAUCCCAGGGACUGAUAGAAGAAGAGAAGUUAGGUUCAUUCAACAUCCCUCAGUACACACCAUCGCUUUCAGAAGUGAAGACAGAAGUCGAAAAGGAAGGAUCCUUCACUAUCAACCAGCUCGAGGUCUCAGAAAUUGAAUGGGCUGCAUGCGGCAGCAGUGGCUUCUGCUCCCAGGAAUAUUCCAAAAACGGCAUCGACGAUGGGUACAAUGUGGCGAAAUGCAUGAGAUCUGUGGCGGAACCCUUGUUAGUGGAGCAGUUUGGUGAAUUGGUAAUUGAUCAACUGUUUGAGAAUUACAGGAACAUCCUUUCUGAUCGCAUGUCCAGAGAGGACACCAAAUUUAUUAAUGUCACUGUUUCCAUGACGAGGAAAGAAUGAAGGCUGACUGAACGUUUUAUUACAAUUCAUGUUUCAUCUUCCAUUCC